AUGUACGAGAAUCUUUCAUCCCUGAAGAUGCAACUGGAGGUGAUGAGACAUCUUGUGGGCUGGGUGUUGCUAGCUGUCUGUAUGUAUGGACUGAAUGCAGACUUGAUUCCCUAUUCACACCCCCCAAUGGAAGAAUUUCCUGUGCCAAACUGUACCUUUCCGUUCAUCUAUAAUGAGGUAAUCUACCACAGCUGCAUCUCUGUCCACAGUGACUAUGAUUGGUGCUCCCUUGAUUAUUAUUUCCAAGGAAGGUGGAGAUACUGCAAAGCAUUUGAUCCUCCAAUGUGUAUCUUCCCUUUCCAGUUCGGAAAAAAGUCCAUUUAUGAAUGCACCAAGGAAGGCUACAUUUUGAAUCGGAGUUGGUGUUCAUUGACUGACAAUUACAACAAAGAUAAAAAGUGGAAGCAAUGUUCUCCUUACAAGUAA